UUCUUUGUCUAAAACAAACCUCUUCGAGAAAUUGGAGGACGAGAAAUCAGAAAAUGUUGGAAAGCAUUGGCCUCAUCUCCUGCAACUUCUCUCGUCUUCCUCCUCUAAAACCCUCGAGACGAGCCCAACCCCUAAGAGAAUCCCGAAACAUCAUUGUUGUACAAUCAAGAGCUUCUUCUUCACUUUGUCUGAAAUCUGACAAAACCAUCUUUGGCAUCAACAAUAGGCGUUUCCCGAAACACGAGAAGAAGCGUUUCUUCCAUGUCUGCAAAAGCUCACUAAACAACCCAGAUCCAGAGAAAAUCGAAACACAAGAUGGAGGAAGAGAUUGGACGAGCUCUGUAUUGCUUUUCGCGCUCUGGGGUGCGCUUUUGUACUAUUGCUUCAAUCUUGCUCCUGAUCAAACACCAACACAAGACUUGUACUUUCUGAAAAAGCUGCUGAAUUUGAAAGGUGAUGAUGGUUUUCGAAUGAACCAGAUACUUGUUGGGUUAUGGUACAUAAUGGGUUUAUGGCCUUUAGUAUAUGGCAUGCUCUUGCUUCCCACAGGUCGAAGUAAGACCACGGCUUGGCCUUUCGUCGUGCUUUCGUUCUUUGGUGGUGUCUACGCUUUGCUACCUUAUUUUGCACUGUGGAAUCCUCCUUCUCCUCCUGUUUCAGAGGCUGAACUUAGUAAAUGGCCUUUGAAUGUUCUUGAAUCAAAAUUAACUGCUGGGGUCACUCUUGUUGCAGGACUUGGUAUAAUCCUAUAUGCACUAGUUGGUAAUGCCGGUGACUGGAAAGAGUUUUGUCAGUACUUUCGAGAGAGCAAAUUCAUUCAUGUCACGAGUCUUGAUUUCUGUUUACUCUCUGCGUUUGCUCCUUUCUGGGUUUACAAUGACAUGACAACCCGAAAAUGGUUUGAUAAAGGCCGUUGGCUUUUACCAGUCUCCGUGGUGCCAUUCUUGGGACCUUCUUUGUAUCUUCUCCUACGACCAGCAUUGUCAGAGACAACAGCUUCCGCAGAUUCUGCGUCAUCCGACACAAGUCAAUAGCAACAUCAAAUUGGAUUGUCCAAAAGUCUGAAGAAGAAAGGUUUAUCAGAGUCUCCGACUCAGACACCAUCAAAUUUCUGGUGAGGACCGUGAGGUUAAUAUCUGCAUGGAGUAAUGAUUCACUUUAUUCUGUAGCUCCAUUAUUGUAUUAAAAAGGGAGAAAUAAACUCCUCGUGAUCAAAGUUUACUAUAGAUAUUUAAUGAAAGGAAAGUCAAACUGAA